AUGAGCAAGCUGACAGUAGACAAGAUCCACUUGAAAGGUUUACGUGCUUACUAUGACAACUCAACGGGAACAGAGGUGGAGGAAACAGAGUCUAUGCUGUAUUACAAGACUCAAACCUUUUACUGUAAAGUUGAAUUAGAAAUCCCAACAUGUACCGCUGACAAAGAUUGGACAAUCGGUCUUGUACAGGCAUGCGAUUUCAUGUAUCUUGCCAAUGAUUACGGCGGAAUCGGCAAUUCUCUCUGGGAGUUCCACCCACUUAAAAGUGGCCUAAGGAAAUUAAUUAAUGAUAGUGAUGGACGACAGUACCCUUUUUAUAGUGUGAACCAAAGUCUUUACAACAUAAAGAGGGGACCUGUUCGAAGAAUGACGCUUAAUUUGCAAAUUAAGGAUUACUUCCAUCCAUCAGUUGUUUGGGAGCUGCCCUAUUCGGGUGGAGUUCGACUUUCUGAGAUCAAUCGAAAACAAAAGUUUCUCAUUUGGCUUGUGGCUAUAAAAUACGGCAAGAAGACAAUGAAAGAUGAAAUCACAGUGCUCAAAAAGAUUCGCUGGGAGUACAAUCUGCACAUGCAGGUGGAUCCAACAAUGCCUCUUGGUAAACGCGUUCGCAAAAUUUAUGAUGUACAGGACGGUGGCAUAAUGAUGGCCGAUCCCACCCGAAUUCAUAAACUGCCGGUGGCUGCAACGUUUCCGCCACACUGUAAUGCUGCUCAGUCUCUUAUCUGGUACCCCAAAGAUGUCGGCAGACACCCCCGAAUCCUAGUUCCACCCAAACAGGUCAUCGUCCCCUGGGAGGAGUGGGUCUUUGACAUGCUCGGACCCAGUGCGCGCAUUCGGAAGCCAGUAGAUGUUUCAGAGAUCGGUGAAUCCCUUAUCUGCGUUUAA